UGAAACAACCGUGAAAAUUUUACUUUCUUAAUGAUUCGGGCGUUUCAAAUUCAUAUUUUGAAAUUUUGUUUCAUAUUUUGAUAUUAUAAGUGGUUUUAUCCGAUAUACCUGUUCUUUGUUUUCUAGUUGUGGACAGUUUGGAAGUUGGGCGGGGAUAUGACGUCAUCAAAACACGCGUAUUCAAUUUCUUGGGGGCUGCCGACUUCAUUAGAGAUGACACUAUGCAUAGAGGGCGGACCAGGCGCUGUUUCUGCUGACUUCUAACCCUAUUUUACCCGUCUGGUGGACCAGGAAGGCGCUAGAAUUACACCAGAAGAGGCAGGGAAAGCCUCGAGAAUGUCAGGAAAGUCAAAAUCGCUCGCUCGGGUGAAGAGCGGGGUCGUCGAGGUGAAAAGUAAGUUCGACGCCGAAUACCGACGUUGGGCCCUGGACAAAACGUCCAUCGAAAAAUUCGACGAUUUCUACCAACUUGUUGAGCGAAGACACCACCUCGCGGACAUUCCCUUUACGCUGUGUUACACGGACCCACACGGCGACCUCCUACCCAUCAACAACGAUGAAAACUUCGUCAAGGCUAUGAGCACGGCGGCUCCCGUGGUCAGACUAAUCGUGCAGAGAAAAGGUGAAGACCAAGGCGAGUUUAACGGUUACGGAACUCUGAACAAGAGCAAGAAGUUCGGGCUCCCAGGACCGCUGUCCAACCAGAAGCCGAAGCCUCGUCUCCAGAUCAGCCAACCGCAGGACUUCCGGCGAGUGUCCGCCAUCAUCGACGUGGACAUCGUCCCGGAGACGUACCGCAGGGUCAAGUUACACAAGCACGGCUCCGACAAACCCCUGGGCUUCUACAUUCGCGACGGCACGAGUGUGCGGGUCACCCCACACGGACUCGAGAAGGUUCCUGGCAUCUUCAUCUCCAGACUGGUUCCGGGCGGUCUGGCGGAGAGCACCGGAUUACUGGCAGUGAACGACGAAGUCCUGGAAGUCAACGGCAUCGAGGUUUUCGGGAAAUCGUUGGACCAAGUCACGGACAUGAUGGUGGCCAACAGCCACAACCUGAUCAUAACGGUGAAGCCCGCCAACCAGCGGAACAAUGCGGUACGCAAGGGCUCGCUCAGCACGUCGGUGGGGUCGGGACAUUCCGGCGGCUCGUCCACGGACGACAAACCGUUACUGAACGACAAGGGCGCGCGGGAGUCGUCGUACUCUAACGAGGCGUACCACAACGACGAAACGCUAGAGGAGGAAGAAAGUGACGAGGAGGAGGACAUUAUUAGAGACGUGGUAGUCACGAAAACUAACGGGAGCGUGCCCUCCCCUGAACAGGACGGCGAGCAGGAUGGAGAAGAAGAGGAGGAGGAAGGAAGAACAGACCAACAGUAAAACAGACCAGGACAGUGCUGUGUAUACGCUAUGAUGGGGGAGGGGGGCGUAACAGGCUAGUUACUUACAAAGUACUUCUAAUAGACAAACAAUAGAGAUAACACAUGAAGAAAUGGAAAGCCUGCCGUUGUGUGAUAACUAGUUACGGAGAAACUAAGGCAAUAGCUGCAACUUAAAAAGGUGUAAAAGAACUAAUAACAAGCCUUUAAUUAUUCACAGUGGUGGGCAAUUUUUACCGAAAUGUUGAACGUGAAAAAACUUCUGGCCAGACAGUUGUAUUAACCUAUAGUCACAGUUGUCCUUCGUUUUAGUUCUUAUUAUGAGACUGUAUGUUCUGAUAAAAGGGAAGAUUCAGCAAGGGUUCUGUAUGAAGAAACAAUUUCUGUAUAGAAUUCAUCAGUAACGUCCUGCAAAACAUUGUCAUGUACACCAGUAAUCUUCCGAUUUAAACCGGACAGCAGCCAUCUUGCAUUCCUACCUUUCUGUGGCUUGUAAUACUCAGUCAGUCGUACUAAGCUAACAUUUGCAGGGAAAGUAACAGAACAUGCCCCAUGCUUUCCUUACGCCACCCAGUAAAGGAAUCUAGAACAAGAUGCAAACGAGAAGGCAUAGAUUGUCAAAGACGUUCAAGUUGUUCUUUGUAUGUAUAGUUGUAAAUCAUUGCCACCGAAUUAAUAUUCCUUUUGGGUAGUAUUGGGAUGUAUUUGUUGUUUUGUUUUUUUGUUGGAAAAAAAUUCUUGAACAUGAUUCUGACUGUGAAACUUUUACUAAAACCAAAAAUUUCCUCAAGUGAAAAACGCCCCAGUAGAGAUAGGUCAGAGGUCACUAACAGAACACCUGCUGACUUUUAUAACCAACUCAUCUUCCCAGUAAUGCAUAGAUUUCUUGCUAACUAUGGUAGGCCUAAUCUUUCUCAGUUUUUGCUUGUCUCAUUUAUGGAUAUUUGUUGACAGAAUGUAGCGUACAAUGUCCCAGUAGAUUUGUUCUUUGUUUUUGUAUACCUUUUACAUGUGGUCUAGUCUAGAAAAUAAACAACCUGCCACCAGAAGGGUGUACAAAAAUGAAGCCACAACCAUGUAUCUGCUUGGAGAUUUCUUAGCCGUGGGACCACCAUUGCACAGUGGAUAUUUAUUGUAAAAGUGAAUAAUAUCGGUGGUAAUUUUCUGAUAAUGUGAAACAUCGUUCUUGAUCAUUUUGCACCGCCAGGGUUAAUAUAAGUAGGGCACACCUAGCAAUAAACGCAAUGCUCACUAGGGGUAUAUUAUGGCAUUCAACAUUUUAAAGAUGCAUUUGACAUUUCCAUGUAAAUAUCUAUUUGGAGAAAGAGAUCAUAAGUGUGUGUGUAUCAUUGAAAAGUAAGAUUUGGCCAGAUGAUAGUUAUUGUACAGCACAAAAGGGGACCAUAUUUUUCAUGUUGUUGGAGAGAGAGCUAGCUCCCUUGGUGUGAGAAUGUCUGUAUGUCUGCAAUCGUGUAUAAGAAACAAAUUUGGAAGCAGAGAAAUGGGAUGAUGCCUUAUAAUAUGCUUAAAAACACUCCAGGUAUACAUGAACUGUUCGAUAUGUUGAUUGAAAUCUUUGUAUUGGAAAUAUCUUCCCUGGGAAGCAGUGCGAUUGUCGUCAAAAGAGGUGGCCUUUGCAAAAUGAUACAGUGCCUGUAAGUGUUGGCGAAUUAGAAAUGCCACUGCAAGCAUUUUGUUAUAAUAUGCUAACCAGCUGACAUGAGGAAAAUAAAUAUGCUUAUAGAGGCUUCACUUGCCCACUUAUUACAGGCACUGUUUUCUACUGCAACGGCCACCUACAGGGCCUAAUGGAGUUGUCACAUGACUUGUCAAUCAAAUUAUUUCAUGAUGUUGGUAGGCAGUGAAUGGAACAUCAGAGUUCGCAUACUGUAUCUUAAAGUUCAUGUAUAUCUGAAUACACAAAAAAAAGCUGCCACAGCCUAAUGCUUUCUGCUUUGGCCAUGAACUUCUAAGUUGCCUGGCCCCAGAGUAUGAUUUAAUUUUGCAUAUUCGGGACAAUCUGAUGUAUUCUGUUCCUCAACAUAUCGUGUGUGAAUAGGUCAUUGUGAGGGUAAAACAUUUGGGAUGUCAGUUUUUGUGGCAGAAAUUGGUAUUUUUGGAUGAAGAGAAGUGUAAGGUAUGGUUUGGUUGAAUCUGUCAAUGUUGGGUAAUUAUUAUUUGCAACUUAGAUAAUUGUAUAUGUACUUAAUUUCCUGUGUCAUUUUGCUAGCACUUACGAUCUAGGUUACGCAAACAAUUGUACUAAAAAAACGUGUAUGUUGUAGGUAUGUUGGUUGAAUCGAGAGCAUAUAGGGCUUGUUUUAUAUAUAUAUCAAGGGAUAUCAGGAUUAGGUGCUUUUAACAGUCUUUGUACAUAAGUACCACUAUUUUUACUGCAAGUAUGGAUGGUGAAGCCACCUGUCGAAAGGAUUACUUCAAUACAGCCUUUACUGUGUCUU